AUGUUUCAAGUUCCGAUACCUUCAUUGCGCUCCCUGAACAUAUUUUCUUGGGGCCAGAAACAGGCUAUCCAUGUAUCAUCGGUCAAGAUUCACGACCUCGAGGCAGCUCAUGAGAAGCCCGCACGGGCGUUAAAGCACCUGCUCAAGCUCAACCAUGCGAAUCAUGCUAUUCUCUACAACGACCGAAAAUUCCAUAAUCAUGCUCCUCACCUUCUGAGUGCUGCGUACCUGCAAGGCGCAGACGAAGGUGAUCUGGCUCGGGUUUACGAAAGCGAGUCUAAGCUGCUAGAUGAAUGGGUUGACUCUCCUGCAGAGGUCACAAAUUAUGACUGGAGAGACCAUUUAGGACGUCGGGAAUACCAAAAGGCCUUCGUGGACUUUUUUGAAGAUGAAAUGGUUCGACUCGGCUACGACUGGAAGCAAGUAGUUGCAGAGUACUUAUUCUCGGGGAAAGAACCUGUGUUCAAUUCCAUUAUGGCUGAUCUUGGUCAUCCAUUAAUUCACCUUGCCUAUGCAUUUGAGAUGUCUAGCCGUGAGCUUGCGAUGGAAGCUCUAGGUCUAGCAGCAACAUGCUACAAUAGCGUUCACAACUACCUUGAUGACCCGAUAUCCUCACAGACUGAGCCAUCUUAUCAUUCAACUUCUUUCUUGGAGAUUCUUGAUAAGGUUCGAGCCGACAAGAAGCUCAACGGGCUGUUCGUUACCCCGGGUGACCACAAUAUGCAGAAGCUUUUUGAAAGCCAUGAAGCUGUACUCUUAAAUCAUUGGAAUGCCUGGAAGGUUGAGAAUCCAAUGGAACAGUUCCGCGAGAGCCAAGAGCUUGCCGCUGCCCUCCUCGUCGCAACUCACGAGGACUCAACCGAGCAAGUUCUUCUACCAUUGAUUCCGCCAAAAUUCCAAAUUUCUCUCGUGCGACAAUGGUGGCUUGUGACACUGGCGAUAUUUAUCUCCCAGUUGCGCCCCGAAAUUUCAUUUGACAAAAUAAGCAAGUUCGAGCUGAAAGGAAGAGGGUGGAGCUGGGCAUCGAAACAGGCUGUCAAAGGGAAAUACUCGACUGAUUCACAUUAUGUGAAGGCCAUUCGCGCAUUGCAAGAAGCUGCUUCAACAUGGGGCGACCAUGAAAGCUUCUACUUGAAAGCGGCAGUGAAAUUUGCUGAGGAGUUCAGUGGAUGGGGCGGUUUUGUCUAA